GUUCAUCAUCAUCAUCUUCAUCUUCAUCAUCAUCAUCAGUCUCAUCACAUCGUUCAAACGCUACAAGUUGACUUUCCGGUUUACUUCGGUCUUUCUGUGACUGACCAGUCACGGCUCCGGGUCGGGUGAGUCUGGGAACCAGGAUCCGUUUGUGGAGCAUUCUCCUGCUGCACGGCACAUCAUGGAUGUAGUGGAGGCAAGUAACCAGAGCGGCCUGACCUCUGGGAAAAUAGUGGCUCUUGCCGCGGGGCUCUCAGUCGGGGCCACAGUCGGGUACAUGGUGUAUCGCCACAUAAGCAACACCAGCAACAGUCAGGGUUCAGACGUGGAAGAAUCCAAAAUGACUCUUCCUCUGGAAAUCUACAGGAACAUAACCAAAUGCCAAGCCACGUUUCUGGAAAUGGUGAGCCAGAAGUCCGGAGCUCACGUGAGGGUUCUGUCAGAGCUGGGGGAGCCUGGAUGUAAAGCAGCUGUUUGCUUCCAGCUUCAGGGCUCCAAGGAACAGAUCCUGCUGGCCCGUUGUGUCCUGGAGAACCUGGUCAUUGACUGUGAGCCUGCGUCGGAGGUGUUGGAGGUACCUCAGACCUCCUUUGGACGCAUCAUAGGGCGUGGAGGUGAGAGUUUAAAGCUCAUCACUAGAACAACAGGAGCCAGAGUGGUCUUUUCCAAAGAGAACACACAGAACACAGCUGUAAAUGGCAAGAUGACAAUCACAGGGACCAGACAGGAAGUGAGGCAAGCCAAGGAGAUGAUUCAACAGAAAGUCAAAGAGGACAUGAUGGUGAGAACAAAAAUCUCUCAGUCCUCCGCCCUCCGUCAGAAGCGUCAUCAUACAGGGAUGAGUCAAAAACCAGAUGGCAUGGAGACCGACUCACCGCUGGGUUUGAACAACAAUGGUCCCGUCUCCUGCACAGACGGGAACAAAUUUGUCCACUCUAAUGGAACCAUGGGAGAUACUGAGUUAAAGAAUCCAAAAGUGACAGAAGAGGAGGAGGAAGAUGAGGAGGAGGAGGAGAGUUUCUUUUCAGAGUCACUCUCUGAAGUGUCCAAGUUUGAAAUUCCUAGCCCUGACCUGAGCUUCCAGCCUGAUGAACGCUUAGAGGUUUAUGUUUCUGCAUCAGAGAACCCAAGCCACUUCUGGAUCCAGAUCCUGGGUGUGCGCUCCCUCCAGCUGGACAAGCUGACGGGGGAGAUGAACUCUUUCUACAGUACUGGAAACUCCACAGAGCAGCAGGUCAAGACUAUUGUUGUUGGAGACAUCGUGGCAGCUCCAUACCGAGACCAUGGUACGUGGAACAGGGCCAGGGUUCUGGGAGUCCAGGGCUUGGAUCUGGUGGACCUCUACUACGUAGACUUUGGCGACAACGGGGAGCUGCCUCGGGCCAGCCUGCGGCGCUUGAGGAGCGACUUCCUCAGCUUACCAUUCCAAGCUAUUGAGUGCAGUUUAGCAGGCGUGAGGCCAAAAGGAGACACGUGGUCCGAGGCAGCCCUGGAUGACUUCGACAGACUGACGUACUGUGCUGACUGGAGACCCCUGCAGGCCAAACUCUGCAGUUACUUCCACUCUGAGGCCUCCUCCUGGCCCAGUGUCAAGCUCUACGACAACAGCAAUGCAAAGACGGUGGACAUUGGGGAGGAGCUGAUACGACUGGGUCAUGCUGUCAGCUUCCAGGAAGGGUUGAACGGAAGGCUGGAGGGGGACCAUCUUGGCAGUCUGCAAAAAAUGUUGGAUGAUGUAAAAGGAGCUUCUUCAGAGCUCAGUCUGUCUUGUAUCAGUUUGUCAGAGUUUGUCUGAACAUUAGUCAUGUGAUUGACACCCACAGCGUCAACAUCACAUGUUGUAAUGUUUUGGUGCAAAGCUCACCGUUUCCCUCUUGCACUUCCUGUUUGGUUAGUUUGUACAGAAUUUACCAAAGAGACCAUGCAUGGCUGAAAGGAAGUGUGUAGAGCUCCGUAAAUACACGUUUUAGUCCUGUUUGAACACAGCUGCAAUCAAACAAUCACUGGGUGUUAAAAUGACCAGUUUUGUGCUGACACUAAGCUGGACAUGAGAGAAGAUAAAAUAUUUGGUGACUGCACAGUGUUCAGAGAUGCUGAAGGUUUGAACCCAUAAAACGUCGCUGGAGUAAACCACCAGGGGCCUCAUGUAUCAAAGAGUACAGCUCUCAUACUGACUGUAUGGACCAGUGUGAGGUGUCUGUUCACAGAAAGGUUCACAUGUAUCGAAGUGGCACACGCAUGUUUCUUUGCUCCUUUCAGUCAUACAUUACCUGCAUUCAAACCUGGAAACUAGACGCUAUUAAGUCCAGCAUGUGUGAUUCUCCUCUGAAGGAUUAAAAUAAUGUGCGGUGUGUGU